AUGGCAGGAAUGCAGCAGCAUAUUCCCCUCUGCAAGAGCGGAAGCGGCGGCCUCACUCUGCGGUUACCGCGCCACCCAGUGAGCCCCACACAGAAGAAGGAAUAUUUUAAUGCUGCACGUCACUCACGCAUUGCCGCCGUCUGCUGCUUCUCCCCACCCUCGCCUCUCCCCGCUACGCUUGCCACCGCUCCCACCACCAGCAUCGGUGUGCGAAUUAGCCCUCCGCCGCACACGGCCGCCCCCUACAGCAAGCCUUCAAGACUGCCGCGGUACCCCACGCACCCGCACAAGCCCCCAAACGUUUCGCCAUCGCCAUCGCCUACGACAUGA